GUUUUGUUUGAUUGCAGCCUCACUACCCCACGUUUCUAUUUUCGAUCAGUCUGUCUUUCAUAUUCUCGGUUCAUGAAGCCAUGGAGUUGUAAGACGGGCAGAUUUGCCCUGAUCCUUGCGCCAGCUGAGCUACGUACUUAUAAAAGUUCGCCGGCCCUGAUAUCUUGCACCUAGGUGAUCUUUGACAUCAAAGUGGGUAAAACUCGCAACGACAUACAUUUCUAGAAAUCUCGUUGAUGCCAUCAUGAAGCUCAAUCUCGGUUCCUUUAUUCUUUCUAUGCUGGCAACCACAUGUGUAGCGAAAGUUGGAGAACUCUGCCACGAUAAUUCUGGCAACUACGGAACCUGCCAAACCACCUCAUGGUGUCGCACCCAUAACGGACAUCUCAGCACAUCUACACAAGGUCUCUGUCCGGACGACUCCCCACAAAAGACAGAAUGUUGUUUCAAGCCGGAAUGUUUGCCAGAGCAUGAUGGUUGGUAUUGUGAUUACGUUGGUGGAAGAGACAGCUGCGCUGAGGGUGUUUGGGGAGCUAAAUUUGAUUGUCCGGGUCCGGCGAAAUACAGAUGCUGCCGUUGAGUGUUUCUUGUGCGAUCGAAUGGGAUCGCUGGUAUGGAAAGGUAGCUUGAGUUCUUGAUGUUAGACAUGCCUGUCCGAUACUUAUGAAGAUAUCGUUUUGUAGAAUGUCGAGUAAUGUCUUCUUCAGAUUUCAAUUGAUAUCUCCAGGUAACAUGUUCUCGGAAGUGAGGAGGUAUUGUUGAUUUUCGUUUACUAGAGCCUGUGUCCCACUGUCCCGUUCAACAAUGAGGAGGUUACUCAAAUCAAAAUUGUUCACGUCA